ACGACCUGCUCCAAGAUAAGCCCACUAUUUCCGUAGGCGGAGAUCGACAUGGUUCUGGACGCGUCCCGCUGCCGAGUGCGCCUCAUCUAGCCCAGCGUCAACAUGGCCAGCCUCGGAUGAGAAGCUAACCGGCUAGGUCCUGGCUUUUGCAAAGAAUUUAGACACUACCCGGCCAGUUCACCACCGAAAUCCAAAGAUUCAAUUAGUGAAGAUGACUCAUCUGUAAAGAUGGGAGGAAGUGGAUCAAAAGCCAAAGGUGGCUGGCCUUUUUCCAGUUCUGGAUCAGGAGGAGAUUCAGCCACUGAGGGGAACGAGCAGGCUUUGGCUCGACUAAAAGGGGGCAGAAACGCAACACCAUUUGUUUUCACACGAAGGAGUUCCUUGUACUACGAUGAGGAUGGCGAUCUUGCCCAUGAAUUCUAUGAGGAGAUGGUUGUCACUAAAAAUGGCAGGAAGAAGUCCAAACUGAAAAGGAUCCAAAAAAAUUUAAUUCCUCAGGGAAUUGUGAAGCUGGACCACCCCUGUAUUCAUGUAGACUUUCCUGUCAUCCUCUGUGAGGUGUGAGGAGUUGCAGCGGUAUUUGUCAACCAUGUAUGGCCACAGGUCUGCCAGUCAUCUUACGUUUCCACUCUGAAUUCUUGCAUUCUGCUGGGGAGACGGACAGAACGAUUUCCCUGUGUCAAGGUCAUGCAUUUUGACGAAUGCUGAAGUUUUUAAUGUGGCGAGGAAGAGUGAGGAAAUUGAAAUGUCAAAAUGAAAAGUUGGAAGAAGAAUUAGAAAAAUACAUAGGCAUCACAAAACAAUGUUUCUGUAUCUGAAAAAGGCAUUAAUCAGAAGAUGCCGCUUAAGUCAGUAUUUGGCAUUUUACAAUAUUUGACAAGAAUAGCAUAUGUCAAGUUAAGUGAUAUCUAAUGACAAUCUUCUCACAGGGAAACACAUCCUUGAUGUGAGAAGGCUUUAAAAGUUCUGCCUUUUGUAAAAUGUAGCAGAGUGUUAACGUGUGUGUGUGUGUGUGUGUGUGUGUGUGUGUGUGUGUGUGUGUGUGUGUGUGUGUGUGUGUGUGUGUGCAUGUUGACUUGUAUGAGAGUGCAUGUGGGAGAUGGAAGGGUGGUGAAGUUAUAGUAUAAUGAAGGAUUGUGGAAAUCAGUGUAAAUACAUUCAUGUUCUGUAAUAUACACCGAUGAGCCAAGACAUUAUGACCACCUGCCUAAUAUGCUGUUGGUCCUCUGUGUGCCGCCAAAACAGCACCGACCUGCCGAGGCAUGGACUCUACAAGACCCCUGAUGGUGUCCUGUGGUAUCUGGCACCAAAAUAUUAGCAGCAGAUCCUUAAAAGUCCUGUAAGUUGCGAGGUGGAGCCGCCGGGGGAUCAAACUUGUCAGUCCAGUUCAUUCCACAGAUGCUCAAUCGGAUUGAGAUCCUGAGAAUUUGGAGGUUAGGGCAACACCUUGAACACUUCAUCAUGUUUCUCAAACCAUUUCCGAACAAUGUGCAGUGUGGUAGGGCACAUUAUCGUGCUGAAAGAGGCCACUGUCAUCAGGGAAUACCAUUGCCUUGAAGGGGUGUACCUGGUCUGCAACAAUGUUUAGGUAGGUGGCACAUGUCAAAGUAACAUCCACAUGAAUGCUGGGACCCAAGGUUUCCCAGCAGAACAUUGCCCAGAACAUCACACUCUCUCCACCGGCUUGUCGUCUUCCCACAGUGCAUCCUGCUGCCAUCACUUCCCCGGGUAAACAGCGCACAUGUACAUGGCCAUCCAUGUGAUCUAAAAGAAAACGGGACUCAUCAGAUCAGGUGACCUUCCACUGCUCCAAGGUCCAGUUACGACUUUUGUGUACCUUAUUGUAGGCGCUAUCAGUGGUGGACGGGUUAACAUGGGUACUCUGACCAGUCUGGCUACACAGCAGGGUGCGAUGCAUUGUGUGUUGUGACACAUUCCUCCAGUAACCAUCUUUAAAAUUUUCUGUGACUUGUGCCACAGUAGAACCUGCCAGUUCGGACCAGAUGGGAUAGCCUUCGUUGCCCAGGCGCAUCGAUGAGCCUUGGGUGUUCCAACACCCUGUCGCCGGUUUGUCCCUCCUCGGACCACUGUCAGUAGGUACCACUACUGACUGGGAGCACCCCACAAGCCUUGCCGUUUCAGAGAUGCUCUGAACCAGUCAUCUGGCCAUAACAAUUUGGCCCUUGUCAAAAUUGCUCAGGUCUUUACUCCUGCCCAUUUCUCCUGCAUCCAACACAUGGACUAUGAGAACUGAUUGUUCCCUUACCAUCUAAUCUACCCAGACUUUGACAUGUGCCCUUGUUUGGAGAUGAUCAAGUUUAUUUGGUUCACCUGAGUGGUCAUAAUGUUUUGGCUCAUCAUUGUAUCGUCAUGUUUGUCUGUCUCAUUAGAGCUCAGACCUGCACUAGUGAACAUAUGAUGUAAAUAAUUUCAAUGAGUUGAAAAUACUUAAAUAAAUGCUUUACUGAGAUAAAUAUUGUGUCAACAUUACUUAAAAAAUAAAAUCAAUAAUUAUUACUUUGUUCAUAGAAGGUUUAUUAUAAUGUUAGGAUCAUGCUUGUACACCCCCAGAGGAGGCUCCGUUGUUAUUUGGACGGUUACAUUCUCAGUUCAGGACUGUACCUAGUAUGUGGAAUAAUGUCAUGUUGUCUGAUAUUAAAGGGCAA